AUGAUGUCCAGAGGAGAGCGGGACAAUGGGAAAAAUGGCACUGGCUACAAGGAGGACAAUAUUAGAAACAACCGGGACCAGGAUUCAGAGGGAAAAGCACAUAAGAAUGCCGAGAGCGCCGUGCCGUCCGCACGGGCGGAGAAGCCUCCCCUGGAGCAGCUGUACCGGGAGGGCCCGCUGCUGGGGAGCGGCGGCUUCGGCAGCGUUUACGCCGGGACCCGGCUCGCCGACGGCGUCCCGGUGGCCAUCAAGCGAGUGUCCCGGGACCGCGUCUUGGAGUGGGCGCGGCUGCACGAUGGCGCCCUUGUGCCCCUGGAGCUGGUGCUGCUCUGGAUGGCGUCGUGGCCCGGCUUCCGCGGCAUCGUGCGGCUCCUGGACUGGUUCGAGCUGCCCGACGGCUUUGCGCUGGUCAUGGAGCGUCCGGAGCGCUGUCAGGACCUCUGGCACCUGCUGCACGCGGGGGGGUUCCUGCCAGAGCCCGUGGCGCGGGCGCUGUUCCGGCAGGUGCUGGGGGCCGUGCGGCACUGCACCAGCCGCGGCGUCCUGCACCGCGACAUCAAGGCCGAGAACGUGCUCGUUGACCUGGCCACCGGCGAGGCGAAGCUCAUCGACUUCGGCUGCGGCACGAUCCUGCAGGACACGUUCUACACCCAGAUGGCCGGAACGCGGGAGUACUACCCACCGGAGUGGAUCCUCUUUGGCCGCUACCAUGGCCAGCCAGCCACCAUCUGGUCCCUGGGCAUCCUGCUCUAUCAGCUGGUGUGCAGGCACCUUCCUUUCAAAAGCAGAGAGGACAUCGUCCGGGGACAGCUCUUCUUCCCGCCCCGGGUGUCUCAAGAGUGCCAGCACCUGAUCAGGUGGUGCUUAUCCAUGGACCCUGCAGACAGGCCAUCCUUGGAUGACCUUUUAGAACAUUCUCCGUUGCCUCCCAUCCGGAAGGGCUCUCCUUCCUGCAAGCCAAUCAUAAUGUGCAGUGGAGAGGAAGAGAAAGGGAAAGAUGGCACUGGCUACAAAGAUAUCAGUAGAAACAGUGCGGAGCUGAGUUCAGAGGGAAAAGGGAGUGAGAGAACCUACCAACACUUAAUACGAAGUUCAGAGUCCCACACCAAGUCAGCACAGAAUCUGAGGAAAGUGAAAGCUAAAACUUAA